AUGAGCUCUGGGGCUUUGUAUCCCAGAGCAGCAGGAACAAAACCAGAACCCCUGGAGGUCAGGGAGGAGAGAGGGGGAGUCUGCCCAGCUACGGCCCACUCCUGCUGGGGUCACAGGGUUAGGGCCAGGGGAUCACCCACCAUCCUGGAGGGUCCUCUAAUGCCAUUAUUCCAGGCAGAGUAGACCUUCUGCUGGGCUGGGGCUGAGGAGAAGGGUGGGGGUGGAUGGGGGAAGGUGAAAGGAGGCAUCAUUCAUGAUGAUUCUGGUCUGGGAAAUGGUCAACUUCUCGCAUACCACACACACACACACAUCACAGAGUUUUGCUUUCACCCUCAUAUGUGCGCACACACACACAAACACCUACAGCGGGGAGUCAUUGAGAUGUUUGGGAGUGACCAGUAAUUGAUGGAGUUGUUGAACAACCCUGACACUACUCAGUUAUUACUCCUUCAUCAGUAGGUGUCCUCCUCAGAACUUAGGAAUCCCCAAUUCCUUUCUCCUUCUUUUUAAAGUCCUUGUUUCCCCACCUGUAUUUCCUUCCUCUCUCUGCUCCCUAUCCUCUCUCUGACUGUUGGCUGGAAAUGGCCUGUGUUCCCUGCACUUGUGUACUGGGCAUGUGCAUGUAUACUUGGUAUCCUGGGCAAAAACACUGAUUUAAUUUGGCAUAGAGUUGAUGGGUGUCCUGCCUGUAAGCCUCAGGGAGGAAUGGGCUUUGAAGUACUGUAUGUGUGACAGUGAGUGUUUGUGUGCAGGUGUGUGUUUGUGUAUAUGUGUGCACGUGCGUGGGUGCACAUGUGUGCGUGCGUGCGUGCAUGUGCGUGCGUGCGUGCGUGUGUGUGUGUGUGUGUGUGUGUGUGUGUGUUUUUGAUGGCUCUAGCAGACAGUGUGUGGUCAUAGUUAGGUUGUAUUAUUCCACUUGGCCAGAAAGCUUUGAGCGAGGCACAGCAGGCUAAAUAUAAUAUGUCCCCUCUCAGUCCCCCAGGCAACUCACACUAACAUAAUACUGGCUGGAAAUUAAACACUUAAACACCAAGCUCACAAACACACACACACAAUUCUACACACUCACCCGCAUUCUUUCUGUCUCGUUAAAUCAGAUUUUUUAACUUAAUAUUUUGAAUGUUGAAGGGAAAGGAUGGGAAAUGUGUUUAACUAUGAACUGUAUCAAUGAUCAGCCUUUAUAAUGUCCCAAUGAAGUGUACUUGAAAUUAAACUUUUCUUCCCCUCUCUCUCUAUGCAGAGUGUGUGUUCGGUGUAUGUCCGGCCUUGUCCAGGUACCAUGGCUCUGGUUCAGACCCUGCCUGUGUCCGUGACUGACCACCCCAAGCCUCCCACCAGCCUCGACAUCGUCUCCCUCUCCCCCGUGGUCGGAGGGCCCUGUGGCCCCGGAGCCACCAUGGGCUCCGUCAGCAGCCUCAUCUCUGGCCGGACCUAUCAGGAGCAACGACACUGCCGGGCCGCCAGCGAGAUCCGGUAGGGUGCUACUCAUUAGUCAUAACCCGGGUGCCAGUCUGUUUAAGUGCUCUUGCCUACUUUAUUGCUGUCCUUGUCAAGCCAAACAUGGCUGGAAAAUAAGUGACAAGGAGUUGGCAUGAUAGCACAAACAGACUGGCACUCAGGCUAUAUUGGUCGUGGAUGAGAUGAUUUCCUAGCCUGGGUUGCAGUUUUUUGCCUUGUUUUUGCUCUCUUGCCAACUCUUGGGAUUGUCAUGCCAAACAAGAGCACAAACAGAUCUGGGACCAGACUAGUGAUUCCCCCCUUAAUAUGGAAAAUAGCUACUGGGAAAAUGCUAUAUACUGUAAUUCCAAUCAAUGAUUAUUAUACAUUAUUUUUAUUUCAGCACUAAGCCACACCGUAACACCCCAACCACCAGCUGUUUCAGGCUCCAGGGUGAUAGCAACACCCUGCACAGCGCAAGCUCCCUGGAACAACUACUGGUUAUCAACAACCAGGCCCAGCUCCAGACCACCCAGCUCCAGCCGCCGCCACUGCCCACCAAGAAGCAGCCCCGGGCAGGUAACUCUGCUGGUGGGGCUGGGUGUGUGGCUGGAGGUGGUGGUGGUGGUGGUGGUGGAGGGAAUGGGAACUAUGGGUUUGUGACUGAGGUGGUGACUGUAGGAGACUGGAAUGAUAACCAUGUGGUGACGGUCGGGAGUCCGUGUAGCGACUCGGAGGAGCAGAGGGAUAACAGAGGUCUCAACGGGAAUAUUGGCGGUCCGCCACCCAAACUCAUCCCUGUUUCGGGAAAACUGGAGAAGGUGAGUGUCGGAGGGGGAUUCCCAAAAUGUGAAAUGGUUCCCGAGCUUGUCGUAUCUGUGUAUCCCUAAUAAGUCCUAUAGUAAGCCUUGAGUCAAGAAAUUACUGUCAGAACUUCCCUUUGAUAACGCCCAUACAUUUAAUUGUGUUAUCAUUAGUAUACUUUUUUUAUUUCUCAGUUGUACGUUUCACUUGUAAAAUCCUCACUUAGUUAAUAUACAGAACACAGAAUGUAGCUAGCUAAUAAUACUUCUAGCUAAUGGUAUGGUGAACUUUCAGUACCUCAUUAUUACCCAACUACUGCCAGCUAAUAAGCAGCACCAGUGGUGAGGUGCUAGGCCAACUAUAUGCUAACAUUAUUUACCAUAGAUCCUCUCUGCUGUCUAAUUGGCUAUUCAUUUCUAUUGAUCGAGAGGGAACCUUAACCUGUUGACUCAAACCAAAAUAACUGUUUUAAUUACUCUGACAUUUUUAAAGUCAUGUCACCCCCCGUCCUUGACUUUUCCUAAAUAAGUCUAUAUAACACACUGUCGUUGUUAGAAUAAUAAUAUAAAUAAUAUGCCAUUUAGCAGACGCUUUUAUCCAAAGCGACUUACAGUCAUGCGUGCAUAAAUUUUUGUGUAUGGGUGGUCCUUGGGAUCGAACCCACUACCUUGGCGUUACAAGCGCCGUGCUCUACCAGCUGAGAUACGUUGUUAGAAUCUUAAUUUUACAAACAUAAUUUGUAUUAUAAGCAGUUUUAAAAGGUAUUUAUUUAUGUCCCUCGUUCACCGCAAGUUAUUCACUGGCAGUCAGCCUGCACAGCUGAUGAUGGCGCAUCGAAACUACACCUAAACUACACCAAAUAUAAAAAGAGUAUGUGGACACCCCUUCAAAUUAGUGGAUUAGGCUAUUUCAGCCACACCCGAUGCUGACAGGUGUAUAAACUCGAGCACACAGCCAUGCAAUCUCCAUAGACAAUCAUGGGCAGUAGAAUGGCCUUACUGAAGAGCUCAGUGACUUUCAACGUGGCACCAUCAUAGGAUGCCACCUUUCCAACAAGUCAGUUCGUCAAAUUUCUGCCCUGCUAGAGCUGCCUCCGGCAACUGUAAGUGCAGUUAUUGUGAAGUGGAAACGUCUAAGCGUAACAACGGGCUCAGCCGCGAAGUGGUAGGCCACACAAGCUCAAAGAACGGGACCGCCGAGUGCUGUCCUCGGUUGCAACACUCACUACUGAGUUCCAAACUGCCUCUGGAAGCAACGUCAGCACAAUAACUGUUUGUUGGGAGCUUCAUAAAAUGGGUUUCCAUGGUCGAGCAGCCGCACACAAGCCUAAGAUCACCAUGCGCUUUCGUCGGCUGAAGUGGUGUAAAGCUCGCCUUCAUUGGACUCUGAAGCAGUGGAAAUGCGUUCUCUGGAGUGAUGAAUAACGCUUCACCAUCUGGCAGUCUGACAGACAAAUCUGGGUUUGGCAGGCGCCAGGAGAACGCUACCUGCCCCAAUGUAUAGUGCCAACUGUAAAGUUAGGUGGAGGAGGAAUAAUGGUCUGGGGCUGUUUUUCAUGGUUCGGGCUAGGCCCCUUAGUUCCAGUGAAGGGAAAUCUUAACGCUACAGCAUACAAUGACAUUCUAGACGAUUCUGUGUUCCCAACUUGUGACAACAGUUUGGGGAAGGCCCUUUCCUGUUCCAGCAUGACAAUGUCCCCAUGCACAAAGCAAGGUCCAUACAGAAAUGGUUUGUCGAGAUCGGUGUGGAAGAACUUGACUGGCCUGCACAGAGCCCUGACUUCAACCACAUAGAACACCUUUGUGAUUAAUUGGAACGCCGACUGCGAUCCAGGCCUAAUCGUGCCGGACCUCACUAAUGUUCUUGUGGCUGAAUGGAGGCCAGUCCCCGCAGUAAUGUUCCAACAUCUAGUGGAAAGCCUUCCCAGAAGAGUGUAGGCUGUUAUAACAGCAAAGGGGGGACCAACUCCAUAUUAAUGCCCAUGAUUUUGGAAUGAGAUGUUCAACAAGCAGGUGUCCACAUACUUUUGGUCAUGUAGUGUAUAUUGACAAAUUUCAUAUAAAAAUUGAGUUUGCCUAAAGACAAGAUUUAAUUGACAAUAGUCUGAUGGGUGAGAAUAUUAUCAAUCAUUAAAUUGUAUAUGAAGAAUCUGAUGAACAGCGCAGCUUGGAAUUGACACAGAGGCAGGUGAACGGAGCGACAAAAAGUGACUUUUAAAAAUGUUCCUACAGAGUCACAGGCAGGUAAGAUGUUUUGAUGUCUAUAUAGUAUCAGAAAGAGCAGAUUCUGCAGUUCCACAUCGAAUAUCCUUGCCAAACAACUCUUCAAAAUUACCCGUUGAGCUCUAUUUCAAAAUAAACCUUUUUGAAAGAAUUACCACGAUUCCAUGCGCUCCCCACCACUCAAAGCACAGUAAUAUAUUUAAACUCAAAAUAUGCCAUUCUGUUCUUUUGAAAUAGAUUUUCUUAAAUGCAUAAUGUUCCUUAAGAACUGCCCUUAACGAAUGAAUAGUGAAUGAUCUUUGUUAUUGUGUUUAUGUAAUGGAUUUUAACACUUUAAUUGGUGUUUUAGUGGUUUUUCGUUUGUACAUGGAAGUAUUCAGACCCUUUCCCUUUUUCCAAAUUUUGUUAAGUUACAGCCUUAUUCUAAAUUAUUAUAUAUUUUUUUAUCUCAUCAACCUACACACAAUACCCAAUAAUGACAACGCAAAAACAGGUUUUUAAUGAAUUUAUUGCAAAAUAAAUAAAUAAUAUAAAUACCUUAUUUACAUAAGUAUUCAGACCCUUUGCUAUGAGACUCGAAAUUGAGCUCAGGUGCAUCCUGUUUCCAUUGAUCAUCUUUGAGAUGUUCCUACAACUUGAUUGGAAUCCCGCUGUGGUAAAUUCAAUUGAUUGGACAUGAUUUGGAAAGGCACACACCUGUCUAUAUAAGGUCCCACACUUGACAGUGCACAUCAGAACAAAAACCAAGCCAUGAGGUCGAUGGAAUUGUCCGUAGAGCUCCGAGAGAGAAUUGUGUCGAGGCACAGAUCUGGGGAAGGGUACCAAAACAUGUCUGCAGCAUUGAAGGUCCCCAAGAACACAGUGGCCUCCAUCAUUCUUAAAUGGAAGAAGUUUGGAACCACCAAGACUCUUCCUAGAGCUGGCUGCCCGACCAAACUGAGCAAUCGGGGGAGAAGGGCCUUGGUCAGGGAGGUGACCAAGAAUCCGAUGGUCACUCUGACAGAGCUCCAGAGUUCCUCUGUGGAGAUGGAAGAACCUUCCAGAAGGACAACCAUCUCUGCAGCACUCCACCAAUCAGGCCUUUAUGGUAGAGUGGCCAGACGGAAGCCACUCCUCAGUAAAAGGCACAUGACAGCCCGCUUGGAGUUUGCCAAAAGGCACCUAAAGGACUCUCAAACCAUGAGAAUCAAGAUUCUCUGGUCUGAUGAAACCAAGAUUGAAAUCUUUGGCCUGAAUGCCAAGCGUCACGUCUGGAGGAAACCUAGCACCAUCCCUACGGUGAAGCAUGGUGGUGGCAGAAUCAUGCUGUGGGGAUGUUUUUGUGCGGCAGCGACUGGGAGACUAGUCAGGAUUGAGGGAAAGAUGAAUGGAGCAAAGUACAGAGAGAUCCUUGAUGAAAAUCUGCUCCUGAGCGCUCAGGACCUCAGACUGGGGCAAAGGUUCACCUUCCAACAGGACAACGACCCUAAGCAGAUAGCCAAGACAAAGCAGGAGUGGUUUCGGGACAAGUUUCUGAAAGACCUUUAGUGGCCCAGCCAUAGCCCGGACUUGAACCCGAUCGAACAUCUCUGGAGAGACGUGAAAAUAGCUGUGCAGCGACGCUCCCCAUCCAACCUGACAGAGCUAGAGAGGAUCUGCAGAGAAGAAUGGGAGAAACUCCCCAAAUACAGGUGUGCUAAGCUUGUAGCGUCAUACCCAAGAAGACUUGAGGCUGUAAUCGCUGCCAAAGGUGCUUCAACAAAGUACUUAGUAAGGGGUCAGUAUUUCUAAAAAACAGUUUUUGCUUUCUCAUUAUCAGGUAUUGUGUGUAGAUUGAUGAGAUUUAUUUUUAUUUUUAAUACACUAGAAUAAGCCUGUAAUAUACCAAAAUGUGGAAAAAGUCAAUGAGUCUGAAUACUUUCCGAAUGCACUGUAUAGCCUACAGUUGCAUAAACUAAUGAAAUUGCUAUUGUGUUCAUUGAAAUACAUUUUCUUUCAUAUUCUAAUGUUACCUUCAUAAACAGAACCAAAUUAUGAUUUUUGCGAUAGCAUAUGAAAUCUAUUUAUUAGACUGUUAAAAUAUGGACAUUCAAAAGACGCGUUAUUGGCCCGAAGGGGGGUCCAAUGAGGCCAGGCUUUUCUAGUGUUAACAGUCAAUCACCUCGCGCCUUAUAAUCAAUGUUAGCGCUAUCUUACAUUCACUGACACACUCAUUGAGGCCUGAGGGAAAUCAUUAAGAAAACUGCUUACCGUAGAGCUGUCUCUCUCUUCUCUUGAUCUGUCUCACCCUUCUCUCUCUCUCUCUCCUCUCUCUCUCUCUCUCCCUCUCUCUCUCUCUCUCUCUCUCUCUCUCUCUCUCUCUCUCUCUCUCUCUCCCGCCUUUCUCUUCCUGUCUCUUUCCUCUCCCCACCAUCUCCCUCUCUUUCUCCCCGUCCCCCUGUAUUUCUCUUUCUAUCUCUCUCCUCUUCCUCUCUCUCUGCGUCCCCUCUCUCUCUCUCUCCUCAUCUCUCUCUCUCUCUCUCUCUCUCUCUCUCUCUCUCUCUCUCUCCUCCCUCUUUUCAUCCCCCCUCUCUCGUGUCGUGACAUAUUCCAUGAGAUGUGAGAAAAAUCAUUAGGAAAACUGCUUACUGCAAACCAAUGAAUAUCAAUUAAACCAAUCAGAGACUUCAGAAUGACCUUCCACCAUAUCAGUGUCCCAGUCUUUAUUGGGAGGAGACUAGGCAUUCCUAAUUAGCAAUGCUGAUAUCAUAUCACUCACGUCAGUGUCUUUUAUAUUUCCUUUGUUUUAUCAUACCUUUAUUUAACUGGAAAUCCCAAUAAAGUGUUUCCCAGUGCUGUGGUUCUAUGUGUGUUUGAGAGGGUCUUGAUUAGAUUCCCUUUGACAGGGCCUCUCAGGCAAUAAUGAAAAGAAUGAACAUGAUAAUAAUUAAUGAAUCAUAGUUGAAAACACAAUGUAAUAAUGUCUGUACUUUUCUGUAAGAACCAUGAACAAAUACUGUCUUCCAUUACAGAACAAGGAGAAGUUUCUGAUCCGUCCCACUGCGUUCAAACCAGUGGUCCCCAAGAACCGUCACUCUGUGCAGUACCUCUCCCCGAGGCCAGGGGGCAGCCUCUCUGAGAGCCAGGGCAGCCUCAACCUCCUCCUGCCCCUACCUAUCAACGGGAAUAACAGGAAUACUGUGGUCAACAGCACGGGGAGCUACGGCAAUGUCGUAUCUCUGCUCUGCUCCUCCUCUUCCUCGGACAGCAAAAGGAACUCGUACAACGGAGGACGCAACGCUCGCAGCAGCCAGUCCUGCUCCAUGUCAGACUCUGGCCGUAACUCCCUUUCCAGCCUCCCCACUCACAGCAGCACCGGCUGCAGCUUGGCCCACAGCGAGGCCUCCGGGUCUGGGGGGUCCGGGGUGGGCCUGGAACCUGGGGCUGGAAGAACUACCAAUACCAACGGAGGAGGGUCGGUGACCCACAGAGUUCACAGUCACUCAACCUCCCACGGUCACUCUAACUCGGACAGCGGGCGUUCGUCGUCCAGUAAGAGCACAGGGUCGGGGUCACUGAGCGGGCGCGGCCAGCCCCUAUCGGACAGCGGGUCGUGUGGGCACUCACCCCCGCCUCUGGAGGGGUACGAGGAGGUGAUGAGGGAGCUGGAGGAGAAGCUGAGGGAGAGGGAUCUGGAACUGCAGCAGCUCAGAGAGAACCUGGACGAGAACGAGGCCGCCAUCUGUCAGGUGAGAGGGGAGUUUUUUUUUAACUUAGUAGUUGUUCAUUAGACACCAAAGAGAGGAAAAUUGACUGAAACAGGGAGGUCCAAUAACAACCCCUUGUUUUUGUUUUCAGUUGAAAGCGCUUUAUAACGUUUUGCUAUGGUUUGCCCUAAUUAACACGAGUCACAGGAUCCUGGUGUGGCUCAUGUCUGUGUAAUGUCAGGGUUUUAAGCAGGCCUAAAGUGUUGCCUCGAGGACCAAUAUGUAUCAAAUGUUUGUUUCUGUUAUUUCUGCUGUUUCUAUUGACUAAGCUAAAUUAUUCCAUAGCUUUUCAAGCCAUAAUAGUGCUGGUUCACAGUUUGACCUCUGGAUGUGGUAUCUGUAUGUAAACUCUGACCUCUAACCCCUGACCUCAUGUGCUGUAGGUGUACGAGGAAAAGCAGCGUCGCUGUGAGAGGGAGCUGGAGGAGCUGAGACAGAGCUGCUCUUCCAAGAUGAAACAGGCUACACAGAAGGCCCAGAGAGUACAACAGGCCUUACAACUACAGGUAAGAACGACAGGAUAGAUAUACAUAGACAUAGAUACAGUAUACAGAAACAUGGAUAUACAGAGACAUAGAUACAGAAACAUAGAUAUACAGACAGGGCUGUUCUUCUAAGAUGAAACAGGCUUGUCAGAAGGCUCAGUGUACAAAGGCCUUACAGUUACAGGCAACAGACAGAGAUACAGAGAUAAUUCAGUUAACUUUAUUUGGGAAGUAGGGCCCUGUUUUGUAUGACAGCUAUGGUUGCAAGUUACCUAAAAAACUAUUAUUAUUAUUUGCACUAUUGUUUGAAAUAUUGCUGCUGUUUUGGUAGCAUCUCCUGAUUUUUGGACUGUCAAAAUGCGACCUUAACUGUCUGUGUCUCUACUUCAGGUGUUCCAGCUGCAGCAGGAGAAAAAUAAGCUUCAGGAGGACUUCUCCUCUCUGCUGCAGGACAGGGAGGUGCUGGAGAGGAGGUGUGCCUCCAUACAGAGAGAACAGAUCCAGUUGGGACCGCGCUUAGAGGAGACGAAGUGGGAGGUGAGACACUGAGGAGGAGAAGGGUCAGGGGUUUAGGGGUCAUGGGUUAGGGUAAGGGUGAGGUUCAACGUUGAUUCAUGUACACAAUUUCAAAGUAAGUGAUCUCAAUAUUCACAAAAUAUGCAUCUCCCCCCCCCCCCCCCCCCCCCAGGUGUGUCAGAAGUCAGGUGAGAUCUCCCUGUUGAAACAGCAACUGAAGGAGAUCCAGUCUGAGCUGAGCCAGAAGGGUGGGGAGCUGGUGGUCCUGAAGUCCCAGCUGAGAGAGGCCAGGUCCGACCUCCAGAACAGCCAGGCCAGGAGCCAGGAGGCUGGGUCGGCCCUGCGGACACGCUCCCUGGAGCUAGAGGUCUGCGAGAAUGAGCUCCAGCGCAGGAAGAGCGAGGCUGAGCUUCUCCGCGAGAAAGUCGGACGCUUGGAGGAAGAGUCGGCCCAGCUUCGAGAUGCCCUGGCCAAUCAGGGAGGAGGUUAUCUUCCUGGAGGCCAGGCACUGGCUAAUAAGGGCCAGUGCAUGAGCCUGCCCCUCCCCCAUGGGCGUGGGGGUGUGGGGGGUGGAGGUGGGGGCCCCAGCCCCUCUGUGGGGUACCGUGAGGCGGAGGAGGGCAGGCUGGCAUGGGGAGGGGAGAGUGAUGAGGCCAAGACUCAGAGGCAGAGUGCUGAAGCUGUGUUGGGACUCAGGCAACAGGUGGGCUCCAACAAUGUUUAGACAUUAUUUUCUUUAUUUUUUAUCUGCAGAAUGGUGCUUGAAUAAUACAAGUAUUUGCACUGAUCUGUUGUGUAUUGCUGGAUUUCAAUCAAACAAUUAAUCAAUCACUUCUCUGUCAGGUGGAGAGGCUGAGGGCAGAGCUGAUGUACGAGAGGAGGAGCAGUGAGGAGCAGCUGGGAGGAUUUGAGGAGGAGAGGAGGGUCUGGCAGGAGGAGAAGGAAAAGGUGAUCCGCUACCAGAAGCAGCUGCAGCAGAGCUACAUCCAGAUGUACAGGAGGAACAGAGAUCUGGAGAGGGUGAUGAGAGAGCUCAGUCUAGAGCUGGAGAACAGAGACGUAGAGGACUACGACGUCCACAGCGGCAGCAACGACAUCCACUUUGAGGAGAUGACCGCUACUGAAAUCUAG